AGCAUGGCUCUUGUUUCUGCGGCUACACCCACUGGGCUGGUAUUUAAGCCCAUUUCUCCUCCCAGGCUUCAACAGUUUGCUGCAGAGAGAAAAACAAGAGUGAGCCUCCUGGCCACAGGAACCAGUACUACUGAGUGGACUGCAGCUUGCAGUGCAAUAUGUCUGUGGAAACUUCACCCAUAUUCUCGAUUCUUCUUCUUAUCAUCUCAUUGACAGUGGCCCAGGACUGCUCCCAGUCCUGUGCUUGCCCCACAGACUCCCACCUCUGCCCGUUGGGGACCAGCCUGGUCCUGGAUGGCUGUGGCUGCUGUAAGGUUUGUGCCAAGCAGCUGGGGGAGCCCUGCUCCCUGAUGGAGCCCUGCGACCAUCAUAAGGAGCUCUACUGUGACUACGCUCUGCUGAGUGACACUGUCACUGGCAUCUGCCUGGCUCAGGAGGGUCACACAUGCGACCUUGGGGGGGUGAUCUACCGCAGUGGGGAGUCCUUCCAGCCCAGCUGUAAGCACCACUGUGUGUGUAUGAAUGGAGAGAUUGGCUGUGUGCCAAUGUGUGCCAGUGAAAUCCGUCUACCCUCCCCCGACUGCCCGUAUCCACGUCGUAUCCAGAUCCCUGGGAAAUGCUGUGAGGAGUGGGUGUGUGAGCAGACGCCUCAGGACCACCACUACCAGUCAGUGAUUGCCGGAGCCUCUCAGAUUCACCACUUGCCCUCUUCAAAUCCUGUCUCAGUCUUUAGACAGGUGUCUCACUAUGGGCCACUACAAGAGAGUCCCAAAGAUAACUGCAUAGUCCAGACUACAGAGUGGAGCGAGUGCUCGGCCACCUGCGGCAUGGCAGUCUCAUCCCGUAUCACCAACGACAACCAACGCUGCCAGUUGGAGAGGCAGACCAGGAUAUGCAUGAUCCGACCCUGUAACAGCCAACAGGAGAAAGAAAUCAAGAAGGGGAAGAAAUGUGUCCGGACACCAAAGGCCCGGCGAGGGAUGCGCUUACAGCUGUCAGGCUGCUCCAGCACCAGGCUGUACAAACCAAAGUUUUGUGGUGUCUGCACAGACAAUCGCUGCUGCACUCCUCAAACCACAAUCACAGCCGAGGUGGAGUUCCGCUGUCCAGAAGGAGAUGUCUUCAUGAAGAAGAUGAUGUUCAUCAAGACCUGCUCCUGCCAUCAUGACUGUCCUCAAGAUAAUGACAUCUUCCUGGCAUCCAACAGUCGGAGGAUGAUUGGGGACUAUGAUAUCAAUAUGUGAUGGGAGGGUUAUGCAGUCACACACACAUUGACACAUAAAUCAAAACUGCGCCAAUACAUCAAUCAACCCCACCCUCUAUCCUUAGAACUGCAUGCCUAGCUCUGUGCCAGUAUUGCUGAGAUGUUUGUCUGGACAACAUCCAUUGAGAGGUGAUUCAACUUGCAGAAUGACCUCUAAAAUUGGCCCGAAUCUUGCCAAGAUUUACACACGUUGGUAUUAACAUGUUGGAGGAUAUUCAUUUUUUGUAAAUCAAUGCCCACACAAACUAUAUACAGUUGUCCCAGCUACAGACAUAUAACACAAAAAUGAUUCAGCUGUCCUUGCAUCUGCUCACAAUUAAUCCUUGCAAGUUUAGAGAUGAAUUUUCUUGGGUUCAGCCUUUGUUUAGUUGAUGUUAAGAUGCAUACUGACGACAUACUGAUGAAGAAAUGUAUGGAAACUUAUCAGGUCUAACAAUUUGGGGUUUUUUUCUGCCUCAAAAGAUAAACCCAUCAUAAGGCAGCUGCUGCUGAUGCAAUAAGCAGAAGACCUACUAAGUGGAACUUUAAGCUUAGAUAUUUUGUAAUGUUUCGAAAGAUUGAAAAUGAAUUACCAAUCUCAAAGAUAAAAACUUAACUAACAACAGAGCAGCCAUGUUGUAUGGUAUUCUAUUGCAUAGGAUUAAGCCUGUUGAGAUAAGUGGAUACGUGUCUGCAGAUACAAUUACUCAAAUAGAGAAAAAAAUCAAAGAGUAAAGAACAUGAUUUUUCAGGUCUAUAUUCUUGAGCUAAAAUAAUUUAAUCUUGUCCAAGGUUUUUUAACUAUCUUGAGAAAAACUAUCUGAGAUUGACAGCUCUGACAUUGUAACCAUCAUUUGUUAUGGUAUGCAUCCUGAGAGGCUCGAGGUUGACUGCUAUUUGCUGAUUAGUCUUGUUCAGUGUCCUUUGUCUUUCCACUUAUGUUAGUUUUCCAUUUUGACGCCAUGUUCUAAAGACCAGUGGAGGGAAGAAAAACAUGUAGCAUGACUAAAAUUGCUGUUACCCCUAGUAUUUACUGUAUAUUUAAAUAGAGAAGAAGGAUGGACAAAUUUAGCAUUGCUAAAUAUAGUUUGUGUAAAUACUGUAAGACUGUACAGUUUUGUACUAUAAUUUAAACAACUUGUUUAAACACAGUGUUGUAGCUCUGUAACUAUCAUAUUGCUUGCUUUUUUUUCACUGUAGCCACCUGACUAAGAUACAAGUUGCACUUUUAACUCUGCUUCAAUAAAGAAAGUAUAUUUUUAUAGA